AUGACGAUCAACUACAACAGAACCGUUUCGACAAGCAAGCCAUGGACAUUUUUCAAAUUACUUUUCAAAUGGAAAGGAAGCAUAUGGAAAGCCGUUUACAUGGAACUCCUAUUUUUCCUACUCAUUUACGCUAUUAUCUCUGCCGUUUAUCGCUGGGCUCUCAAUGAAACACAACAAGAGAAUUUCGAAGCAGUGGUACGAUAUUUCGAUGCGCGACUCGAAUAUAUCCCGCUGGAACUUGUGCUUGGAUUUUUCUGCACUCAAGUGUUCAACAGAUGGAAUAAGCAGUACGAUAGCAUCGGCUUUAUUGACAAGUUUGUUUUCAUGCUCCCUCAUGAGAAGGAAAUAUUCCAAUCAUAUGACGAUUCAGCAAAAACACCGAAGUAUUGGAUUCCGGCCAGUUGGGCCCUUACCAUGACAUAUCAAGCGUGGAAACAUGGUCAUAUUGAGAGUGCCAAAUACAAAGUUACCCUUCAAGAGCAAAUUAGAAAAUGGCGUACGGAUAUGGAAUGGGUAUUCAAUUAUGACUGGGUACCUCUGCCCCUAAUGUAUCCACAGGUGGUUUGUUUAGCUGUACACCUCUACUUCCUCGUCUGCAUACUUGCGCGUCAGAAAAUCGUCAUCGAACAUGAGAUUGGAAAUGAGAUCGACUUCUACUUCCCAAUAAUGACCGUAUUACAAUUCAUAUUCUAUAUGGGAUGGAUGAAGGUGAUUGAAGCAGUUAUAAAUCCUUUCGGAGAAGACGAUGACGACUUCGAGACCAAUGCUCUCAUAGACCGAAAUAUUACGAUGGGAAUGAUGAUGGUCGAUCAAGGCUAUGAUCGCCCACCAGAGCUACGACGUGAUCCUUUCUGGGAAGGAACUCACCCUCUUUACUCUGAAGAGACUUCACGUAUUCCUAAUCAUGUACAGCAGGGAUCUGCCAGUCAAGUAAAACUGGCGAGUUCCACAUCCGAAAUAAUUAUGAUGCCCCAUUCUCGGACAAGAACUCGAAGCUCUCCAGCGUUUUCCACAGAUGCUUCCAUUCGUAGAAGUGUCAAAGUGAAGGAUAAUGAACGUGACGCCCCGCGACAGAAUGAGGGACAGAACGAGUCUAUGAUCUACAGAUUUAUACUGACGCACUUAAAAGGAUUCAUUGCUGCAUUUCAUCGCUUAUUCCGUCCUUGA